GCGCGUUCCUUUUUGAUCCGCGUGCCCGUGGGUUUGCCCGUGUGUCUACGCCGAGGGGUUACAUCUGGGAAGAGAAAUGCCGUCAAAGAUGAUCGUUGACACCGUAGAACAAGCGAUGGAGGAGGCUGCAGACGCCGUCGCCGAGGUUAAAACCCUGAAGAAUAAGACCAAGGAGGGCAAGAAGUUGAAGAAGAAGAAGCAGUUGGAGGAGAAGGAGGAGCAGGAGGACCCAAACUGUGAACCUCCAGCACCAAAGAAGAAAAAGAAAAAAGACAAGCUGGCAGAGGACCAAGUGAACGGCCAAGAAGUCAUAGACAUGAAUGGCAACAGUUAUGAUAUUGAAACACCAAAGCAGAAGACUGGAGGAGAUGCAGAGAAGAAGAAGAAGAAGCAAAAGAAAUCCAUCACAGAGGCAGAAAUCAAUGGACAUUCCGACCCGAACACGCCCGUCCAGACACCCGUCCAGACGCCCAUCCAGACCCCCAUCCAGACCCCAUUACAGUCAAGUGAAGAGUCAGCCAGUGACAGUGAAAAAGAAACGGAGGAGACACUAGAGCAGAAGGAAGGGGCCUUCUCCAACUUCAGGAUCUCCGAUGUCACCAUUGGUAAACUGAAAGCUCGGGGAGUCUCUUACCUCUUCGACAUUCAGGUGAAGACAUUUAAUCCUGUGUUUGAUGGGGAAGAUGUAAUCGCUCAAGCCCGAACAGGAACAGGAAAGACUUUCUCCUUUGCCAUCCCUUUGGUGGAGAAGCUCCAGGGGGAUUCAGUGCCACCUACCAGAGGCCGAGCUCCCAAGGUCCUGGUGUUGACUCCAACCAGAGAGUUGGCUAUCCAAGUCGCUAAGGACUUCAAAGACGUCUCCAAGAGACUGUCUAUUACCUGUUUCUAUGGAGGCAGCUCAUACAACCCACAGCUCGAUGCCAUCCGUAAUGGUAUAGAUAUUUUGAUUGGAACCCCCGGUCGUAUCAAAGACCACCUCCAGAACAAUAAACUUGACCUCUCCAAACUGAAACACGUUGUUCUGGAUGAAGUUGACCAAAUGUUGGACAUGGGUUUUACAGAACAGGUCGAAGAAAUUUUGUCUACGUCAUAUGAUAAAGACAGUGACUCCAAUCCCCAGACUCUGCUGUUUUCGGCCACCUGCCCCCCCUGGGUCUACGAUGUGGCCAAGAAAUACAUGAGACCAGAAUGCAAACAUGUUGACCUGAUUGGCAAGAAAACGUCAAAAGCUUCAACAACUGUGGAACAUCUGGCCAUAGCCUGCCACUGGUCACAGCGUGCAGCCGUGUUAGGUGAUGUGAUCCAGGUUUACAGCGGCAGCCACGGCAGAACCAUUGUGUUCUGUGAGACAAAGAAAGAUGCCAACGAACUUUCCAUGAAUGCAUCCAUCAAACAGAGUGCACAGUCCCUCCAUGGUGAUAUUCCUCAGAAACAGAGAGAGAUUACGUUGAAGGGCUUCAGGAAUGGGACCUUUGAGGUUCUGGUCGCCACUAACGUUGCAGCCCGUGGACUUGAUAUCCCUGAAGUCGACCUGGUCGUCCAGUGUUCUCCACCAAAGGAUGUAGAGUCAUACAUCCAUCGUUCAGGACGUACGGGCCGCGCAGGCAGGACUGGAGUCUGCAUCUGUUUCUACCAGAGGAAAGAAGAGGACCAGCUGCGCUACGUAGAAAACAAAGCGGGGCUCACAUUCAGACGAGUUGGCGUUCCCACUGCCAAUGAUAUCAUCAAGUCGUCAAGCAAGGACGCUGUCAGGUUUCUGGACUCUGUUCCUGUCACAGCUGUUGAAUACUUCAGAGCAUCAGCUGAAAAGCUGAUUGAGGAGAGGGGAGCAGUUGAUGCACUCGCUGCUGCACUGGCCCAUAUUUCUGGAGCCACAAGUCUGGAGCAGAGGUCACUGCUGAACUCUGAUGCAGGUUACACCACUAUGCAGUUGGUGUGUUCUCAGGAGAUGCAUAAUCUGGGUUACGCCUGGAGAUCCAUCAAAGAACAACUUGGUGAAGAGUUUGAGAACCACAUUAAAGGAAUGACCUUCCUCAAAGGCAAAAUGGGAGUUUGUUUCGAUGUCCCAUCUGACAAAGUCAAGGAGGUUCAGGACAAUUGGAGUGACUGUCGCCGUUGGCAACUCACUGUAGCCACAGAGCUCCCAGUGCUGGAGGAGAAGCAGUUCAGUAACCGUGGCGACAGAGGCUUUGGUGGCGGUAAUCGCGGUGACAGAAGAGGAGGGUUCAGAGGUGGAAGGGGACGGAGUUUCGGGGGAAGUGGUGGCCGUGGCGGCGGUGGCGGCUAUGGCAACAACAGAGGAGGACACAAACGGAACUUCAGUCAAGCUUUUGAUUACUGAAGUUUCAACCUGUGGACUCGUAUGACUGACUGUGGCUCAUCUAGACUGGCGGUGGUUUUUAUUGGCUGUCAGUGAUAAGGCUUGAUGUGUGGCUGGUGGAACUCUCCAUCAUGAUACAAGAAAAAUUGUAAGCUGUCAAUUAUUCACAAGUUUAAUGCACAGAAUUGACAAAUUAUAGAUUUGCAAAUUUAAAGUAAACUAUGUUAUCUGAAGAAUUGGAACUAUUUCCAAGUAGCCACAUCCAAAGGGUUUAAGAUCAGAUUUUCUGUGUCAGUAUAUUAACACAGUACCCCUGGAAGCCAUUUUGUAAUGCCUUAUCUGUGUUUCUUUUCGAUGACACCUUAGAUGAAACUCAUGAAAUGACAUGUUCAUAGAUAAAUUAAUACGUAAUUCACUUGCUGUCUUAAAUGGCUCAAAAAUACUGGCAAAUCAGCCCAUAUUAAAAGUUUGGCAUCAUGUGAAGACAUAGAUUGGAAGUUUAAACAUGUCAUUCAUUGAGUUUUACAUAAAGUGUCACUCAUUUCUUCUUUUCAUACUGGGCGUUUGGGGAACAGUGGCAGCAACCACACUCGAGUCUUUGUGCUAGAAGAUGAACCGUAACACCUUCAAACAUGACUACACCAGAGAACUCUUGAGUGGUAAGGGGCACUUUACUGCAGACACUGUCACAUAACACAGAAAACAGUGAUUAAAUGGGUAUUAACCUUUACAGUUGUGCAGCCUUCCCAUCAGCUGAAACCUCCCCAAAAUAUAUUGGAUGAUUGCUUUGCAAUUGCCUCUAUUUAAUAUCUGUCUACUGCUUUCAUUCAUUUGAAUGAAAUGACUUAUUCAUUAAAAAAAAGGUCAACGCA